GGAGCUAACGGAAGCAUAAUAACCUUAAAUUACCAUCCACCAAUGGGAGGUGUAUUCAGACAUUGGCCGACCUUCUCUUGCAUGCGAGACGUGGGAAUCACGUUGUGCUCUGUCGGCCUCUGGUGACACUCCAAAGCGAUCCCCUCGCCGUUUCGCUCCUCUGUUUACUCAGAAAACGCGAGCCUUUUCAGUCCUCUGGUGACCCUGGUCGUACCCUCUGCCAUCCCCUCGAGAGCAUGACCGGGAGUUCUUCGUCCAUAAGGACGCUGGGAAAAUGUCAAAGAACGCGAUUCUUGGAAAACCCAUCAUGGACUUUGCAUCGGCGCGCCAUAAUUGCUCGAUCCGAUUCCACUGGCGAACCGCCCUGUCCCGAGACUUUAAUUUCUCCCGGAGCGCGCCAUUUGUUCGACAGAAGUCCCCAACGAGCGCAAACAGGGUACGGUCGCUCGCUUGCUGAGUAUUCUCGCUACUGUCUAAACCAAGGUCCCCUCGAUCUCUUCGCGAGUGUCCACAGGUGGGGUUUGCCCGUGGAUGGAUCCGCUCUGUCGUGCGUGAUCAAUGCCUGCGCGAACUCGUUCGAUCAAAACGCUGGCAAACAAGUGCACUGUCAAUGUGUAAAGUCAGGUUUUUUGGAGGAUGUCAGCGUUGGGUCUUCUCUCGUUGAUAUGUACAUGAAAACUGAAAGUGUCAAGGAUGGAAGGAGAGCGUUUGAUGAGACGGCGGGCAAAAAUGUCGUGUCCUGGACUUCGCUGUUGUCUGGCUAUACACGAAAUAGUUUGAACGGAGAGGCAGUGGAAUUGUUUCGUAGAAUGCAAGUAGAAGGGAUUAAACCGAAUGCAUUUACCUAUACAGCCGUUCUUGGAGCUUUAGCGGAUGAUGGAAUAGCUGAAAAGGGGAUCCAGUUACAUGCUAUGGUAAUUAAGGACGGUUUUGCAUCAACUACUUAUGCGGGGAAUUCUUUGAUCAAUAUGUACUCAAAGGUUGGGAUGGUUAGAGAUGCUAGAGCUGUUUUCGAUAUGAUGGAAAAUAAGGAUGCAGUUUCAUGGAAUAGCAUGAUAUCUGGCUAUGUUGCCAAUGGACAUGAUAUGGAAGCUCUUGCCAUGUUUCAUUCAAUGAGAAAUGCUGAAGUUAGCCUCAGCCAAUUGACUUUUGCUAAUGUCAUCAAGUUAUGUGCUAAUAUUCGAGAGAUCGGCUUUGCAAGACAGCUUCAUUGCCAGGUAGUGAAGAUGGGGCUUGAAUUCGACGAUAAAGUUAGGAAGGCACUCAUUGUUGCCUAUAGUAAGUGCUGUGAAAUGGAUGAUGCCUUCAAGAGUUUUUCGUCGGUGUCUAGAUUUCAAGAUGUGGUCUCAUGGACUGCCAUCAUUACUGGGUACUUGCAAAACGGUCAAGCUGCACAAGCGGUUGAUUUAUUUUUUCAAAUGAGAAGAGAAGGAGAAAAGCCUAACGAUUUUACUUAUUCCCUGAUCCUUGGAGCCCAGCCCCUAAUUUCUCCUUAUGAAGUGCAUGCACAAGUCAUUAAAACCAAUUAUCAGUCGUCGUCUACCGUAGGAACUGCACUUUUAGAUGCUUAUGUUAAGAUAGGGUCCACUGAUGCUGCUGCAAACGUUUUUAAAUCAGUUCAAGAGAAGGAUGUCAUUUCAUGGUCGGCAAUGUUGGCUGGUUAUGCACUAUCAGGGGACACAGAAAAUGCCGUAAAAAUUUUCCUUCAGUUGUGCAAAGAAGGGGUCAGACCAAAUGAGUUUACAUAUUCAAGUGUAAUUAAUGCUUGUGCAGCUCCUUCAGCAGCAGUGGAACAGGGGAAGCAGUUACAUGCAUGCUCAAUCAAAUCAGCAUAUAGUGAUGCUUUAUGUGUAAGUAGUGCGGUUCUUACUAUGUAUGCAAAGAGAGGAAAUAUUGAGAGCGCAAGCAAAGUGUUUCAGAGACAAAGGGAUAGGGACUUAGUAUCCUGGAAUUCCAUGAUAUCUGGAUAUGCACAGCAUGGUCAUGCAAAGAAGGCUCUAGAGGUAUUCAAGGAAAUGCAAAGGCAGAAGAUGACAAUGGAUAGCAUCACAUUCAUUGGUGUGAUUUCUGCCUGUACUCAUGGCGGUUUUGUGGAGGAAGGCGAAAGAUACUAUGAUAUGAUGGUCAAAGAUCACCAAAUCAGUCCGACAAUGGAGCACUAUUCUUGCAUGGUUGACUUGUACAGUCGAGCGGGAAUGCUAGAGAAAGCCAUGGAUACCAUAAAUGGGAUGCCAUACCCAGCAAGUGCACCUGUUUGGCGAUCUAUCUUAGCCGGUUGUCAUGUUCAGCGGAAUUUGGAGCUUGGGAAACUGGCAGCUGAGAAGCUCAUCUCCCUUCAGCCUGAUCACUCUUCCUCGUAUGUCUUGCUGUCCAAUAUUUAUGCGGCUGCAGGCAAAUGGAAAGAGAGAGCUGAAGUAAGGAAAAUGAUGGAUGAAAGGAAGGUAAGAAAGGAAGCUGGAUAUAGCUGGAUUGAGGUGAAGAACAAGACCUACUUUUUCUUGGCCAGUGAUGUUUCACAUCCAAUGCAGGAUAGUAUUUAUGCAAAACUCGAAGAGUUGGGUGUUCGUCUGAGGGAUUAUGGUUAUCGGCCUGAUACAAACUACGUUCUUCAUGAUGUUGAAGAGGAACAUAAAGAAGCGAUCUUGUCUCAACACAGUGAGAGGCUGGCUCUUGCUUUUGGAUUGAUUGCUACAUCUCCAGAAACUCCCAUCCAGAUUUCGAAGAAUCUUAGAGUGUGUGGGGACUGCCAUAACGUCAUAAAGUUGGUGUCCAUGAUUGAAAGGAGAGAGAUUAUUGUUAGGGAUUCAAACCGAUUCCAUCACUUUAAUAGCGGUUCAUGCUCUUGUGGCGAUUACUGGUAAUACUGCAGAGAUUCAUUGAAAAGUGAUAUAAGGCCUUCCGUGCUAAGCCAGCGCUCGUUUACUUUUCACGUCUAAACUUAAGGAAGACGCGCGAAGAUUGACUGCUCGAUGUCUCAAUCGAAAAAAGAUAACUUGAGUAUUCAUUUUAUGGUUAUUCGACUGGAAGGAUAAACAAAUUGAAGAAUCGACAAUUACUUGGGCAUGUGAGGAUUGUUCAGUUCAGUUGGCAGGUCGAUCACCUGAAAUUCGGACAUCCUCCACCCUUCUGUGUAUGGUGAUUGAUGAUCUACAUGACUGAUGAUUCCUCUCUGAUUAUUACUGGUGACUACCUUUUCAUGCUCGCUUCCUUCUCGUGUUAGAUCACUCUUCUUUUUAACAAGAAAGAUCUUCUCCUGGACUGCAUAGCUUGUUGACACAAAGAAAGGCCUGCUUCCACAUAUCCAGCAACUAUCAAAGUUAGUACCGAAUUUUAUCGAAUGAUAGGUGAAAUUCUUGGUCAGACUUCGUCGAAGUCAAGUUCAAGAUUGUCAAAACCAAUUGCAACUGAGUACAACUGCAUACUGGUUGUGUUCAAGUGGAAAUCCAAAGAGCGAAGAUUGACACCCCAGAACUGAGAUUGAGAAGGAUCCUGUAAGUGUGGUUGUAAAUUUCUGAAGAACCAGUAGAAAGGUGCUCCACCAGACACUUUAAAAAGCAUAUUCGACAAGGGAUACGGUACACGCAGGCUCUGUAAUUUUUUGUUUACGCAAACUGCUUCAGAAUAUGAUUUACGCUUAAUUUAUUAUUGCUCCUAUUAGUUUACUUUGUA